ACAAAAGAAAAAUACAUUUCGAAUUUACAUAUUGGAAAAUAAUAAAAUAUACGUGAAAAAUGGAUAUUGAUGAAGAAUUGUGUGAGUUACAAGUUUCUGAGGAAGCUGGCAGCACGGAAGUUCUAGGUGAAAUCGGGGCCAAUCUUAUAGGCACGUGGAGUGAAUUAUCUGAGUUACAAUCUUCUGAAGAAGCUAGCAGCGCGGAAGGUUUAGCUGAAAUCGUGGCCAACCUUAUGGAUACAUCGAGUGAAUCGGGUGAAUCAAGUGAUUCCAGUGACGAUGAAAUAACGUUUUCAGAAAUAAAUCGCAAGCAAAAUGAAAUUUUGAGCGAAGUGUUGAAAUUGUUUAGCAAACAAAAGAGAAACAACAUAAAGAACUAUUUGGAGGAUGUAGUGCCUAAUUACUCCGAACUAGAAUUUAAACAACACUUUCGCAUAUCAAAAGAACUGUGCAUCAACUUGACAAUGCGAUUCGAACAAAGCGAUAUGUUCAAAAACUUGCGCUCUGACAAACGUUUCCCAGCAGCAACCCAUAUUUUGGUUUUUUGUGGUUUGCUGGCCACGAGGCCUGUAGUAAUCGCGAUAUAUCAGAUCGAUUUAAUAUUUCGUUGUCAAGCGUUUCACGAAUCAUCGAACGAACCACGAUUUUCAUAAGCAGCUUGAGUCCGAUGGUAAUUGAAUGGCUAGAUGAAGGGAAAAAACGUGAAGCUGCUAAUUUUUUCCACAAUAAAUGUGGAUUCUCGAAAGCAAUAGGUUGCAUCGAUGGAACACACAUAACCAUUGAUCCGCCUGCUCAAAAUAAAGAUGAAUAUAUUGACAGGAAAGGCAACACAACGCUUUGUAUGCAAGCUAUAUGCAACGAGAAGAAAAAGUUCAUCCACAUAUUUGUUGGUUUUCCUGGGUCGAGCCAUGAUAGUUGGGUUUUACAAAACUCCCCAGUCUAUGAAAAUCUGCCCUCGCUAUGUGGAGAGUACUACUUACUUGGUGAUUCAGCAUAUCCUUGCAGUGAAUAUCUAAUGACGCCUUACAAGGAUAAUGGCCAUUUGACAAGGCAACAAAAAUACUACAAUUCCAAACUGAGUAAAGGUCGUGUUGCAAUCGAGCAUAGCUUUGGUCUUCUUAAGCAAAGGUUUCGGCAAUUAUACUAUUGUAAACUGAGGGGAAUUAAAAAACUGUGCCAUUUUAUAAGAGCAUGCUGCGUAUUGCAUAAUCUUGCUAAUGAGGAUGAUAUAGAAUAUUCUCCAGAAAGCGAAGUUGUAGAAAGCAAUGAAAACGAACCCACGGUAUCAUCAAGAAGAAAUCUUCGAAGAGAUUUAAUAUGCGAUGAACUUUUCUCAAAUAGAUAGAUAGCAACACAGAAUAGUAUAUCG